AUGAUCGCAAAUAUGCUAGGGAGAGAAGCCGAAGGUACUUCCCGUAGUAUCAAUCGCGCAGGGGAAGCACCUAUUUAUUCCUCCUGCGAUCAUCCAUUGCCACCAGAAGUUUCGUGCGGAGGAAAUGAGGGACCAACUAUCGCGAGAGACCAGAAUAUAUCCGAUCAUGGUCCCUUCCCCAUCGCCAUUGUGGGAAUGGCCAUGCGACUCCCAGGUGGUGUGAAAAACACUGAACAAUUCUGGGACAUGCUCAUCAACAAGAAGGACGGCCACUGCCCCAUACCCGGCAGCAGGUUCAAUGCCGAAGCAUUCUACAGUGACAACAAACCGGGCGCCAUCAAAACCAAGCAUGGGUACUUCCUAGAUGAUGAUCUUGGGCACGUCGACAGAUCCUUCUUCUCCAUGAGUAAACUCGAAGCCUCUAGGCUAGAUCCACAGCAACGUCUUCUACUCGAAACAGUGUGGGAAUGCAUGGAAAAUGGUGGACAAACCCAAUGGCGCGGCAAAAAUAUAGGGUGCUAUGUCGGUGUAUUCGGAGAAGAUUGGCUAGAGAUUUUGAACAAAGAUGUCCAGCAAAUCGAUCGACACUACGCUAUCAAUGGAGGGGAUUUUGCAAUUGCAAAUCGUAUUUCAUGGGAAUAUGACCUCCGCGGACCUAGUGGUUUAUGCAAGACAUUUGAUUCCACGGCGGAGGGUUAUGGUCGAGGAGAAGCAAUCAACGCAGUGUAUAUCAAACGUCUUGACCAUGCUCUUCGAGAUGGUGACCCUGUCCGCGCUAUUAUAAGGGCCACGGCGAUAAACUGCGAUGGAAGAACACCAAGUAUUUCAGCGCCGCGUGUCGAGGCUCAGGAAAGCCUAAUUCUGCGCACAUACAAAAAGGCCGGUAUUUCAGAUUUAUCUGAAACGGGUUUCUUCGAGUGCCAUGGCACGGGGACGAGUGCCGGGGAUAUAGCAGAAACCUCAGCAGUUGCUCGGGCGUUCAACAACAAAGGGGUCUAUAUUGGAUCUGUCAAACCCAACGUGGGUCAUUCAGAGGGUGCGUCGGGGCUAACCAGUCUCAUCAAGGCUACACUAGCGCUCGAGAAAAGCACCAUUCCACCCAAUGCACACUUUUCAAACCCCAACCCAGAUAUCCCCUUCCAAGAAGGAAACUUGAUCGUUCCCGUGCAGGCAAUGCCAUGGCCGCCGGAUCGAAAACAGAGAGUCAGCGUGAAUUGUUUUGGUAUCGGGGGGACAAACGCACAUCUUAUCAUGGAAUCCCACUCAGGAUCUUUGCCACUAAUAGCGAAGCAUAAACGCACCGAAGCUCCCCAAGUACUUGUCCUCUCUGCAAGAGAUAAAGUAUCUCUACAAAAAAGGAUCGAGCAUAUAAAGGCGUUCAUGGUAGAGUCACCGGGCAUGGUUAACGACAUCGUCUACACCCUAGGGAUGAGAAGAGAACAUCUUUCUCAUCGUGCAUUUGCGGUCGUUGGACAAGAUGGCACAGUUUCCGAGUUUGAAAUGUCCCGGGACACUGCACCAGCCCACAUGGUCUUCAUCUUCACCGGCCAAGGAGCACAGUGGUCAGGUAUGGGUAAAGAAUUGUUUUUCAUGUCUGGCUGCUUCCGCGAAUGUAUCAAAGCAUUGGACGAGACAUUACGACACGUGAAGCCCCCUCCUAAUUGGACAAUCGAAGGCGAACUGCUCAAGAGUGACGAUACCAGCAGGAUAAAGGAGGCGGAAGUGGGACAGCCGCUCUGUGCAGCGAUUCAAAUUGCACUAGUCGAUUUACUACGCCAGUAUGGCAUAACCCCAUCAUCAGUCAUUGGGCAUUCUAGCGGCGAAAUUGGUGCCGCAUAUGCCUCGGGAGCCGUCACUGCAGAGGUCGCAAUCACCGUGGCAUAUCUUCGGGGCUUAGCCAUUACAUUGCCCGUUGAUGGACCCGUUGGGGCAAUGGCUGUCGUCGGCUUGCCUCGCAAGAAAGCAAGUGGCUAUUUGCUGGAAGGGGUCACCAUUGCUUGUGAUAAUAGCCCCAAAAACGUCACGCUUUCCGGAGAUGACGCAACCCUAUCGACGGUAUUGGAAAACAUUAUCGCCGACAACGCGGAUAUUUUCUGCCGGCAACUCGACGUUUCUGUUGCGUAUCACUCCCAUCACAUGAAAACCUGUGGGACGGCAUUCGAGAGCUUGUUGAGCCCCAUUUUAUGCCAAAACCGUUCAAUGGUGCCAUUAUACUCCACAACCACAGGCACAAAAAUCUCCGACCCACAAUUGCUGAACGCUUCAUACUGGCGCAGAAACUUGGAAUCCCCAGUGCUUUUCAAUGGCGCAGUUCAAAGUUUGUUGUCUGUGUGCAAAGAGCAGAAGCUUUUCAUAGAGAUCGGGCCUCACUCAGCCCUCUCAAGCUCUUUGAGGGAGAUCUUUAUAUCUUGCAAUGCGGUCAAAACAUCCACCUAUAUUCCUACACUAAUUCGAGAAAAGCCACAAUGGCGAGCCUUGUGUACCACCGCCGGUCGCCUCUACGUCAACGGUGCUCCUAUCCGAUUGUCCGAAAUCAACGGCGGGACAGGAAAGGUUCUAACAAACCUCCCUUCAUACCCGUGGUUGCACAAAGCAAGCUUCUGGAUCGAGUCAAGAAUAGCUGAACAGUGGAGAAAAAACCAUGAAGCUCACCACGAGCUUCUGGGGUCUCGAGGAUUGGAAUCCAACGACAUCGAACCGUCAUGGAGAAAUAUCCUCCAUUUGGCCCAUGUGCCUUGGUUGUGGGAUCAUAUGAUUGGCAAGGAUGUGAUUUUCCCAUGCGCAGGCUACGUGGCCAUGAUAGGCGAAGCCACCCGACAGGCCACAGGAUCGCGCGAUUAUACAAUCCGAAGGUUGCUUAUGACUGCUCCCUUAGUAUUGAAUGAAUCCGAAGCCACGGAGAUACACACGAGCUUACGCCACGUGAAGCUCACUGAUCUUACUGAUUCCUCUUGGUAUGAAUUCAUCAUCACUGCAUACCGAAAUGGAUCGUGGCAGAAGUACUGCACAGGGCAGGUACGCGCGGGUGCGGACAAAGUGCAUUCACUAGCACCAGUAAUUCCUCAUGCCCGACACACACCAUCGCGGGCAUGGUAUCGCGCGGCAGCAAACCGCGGAUUGAAACUUGGGCCUCUCUUUCGUCGCCUAGAGGCCAUCUCGACCAAUCCAACCCAUCGUCAAGCUACGGCUCGCAUCCAAGACGAGGAUGAGUGCAACGAAACCGCCAACUAUGCUCUACAUCCCACGAUCAUUGAUCAGGCCCUCCAGCUACUUGCCAUCUCCAGUACCCAUGGAAUAUACCGAAACCUAGCAAAGCUAUGCAUGCCUGCAGGCAUUCAGAAUAUUUACAUCAACCACUGCAAAGGUGAGAUGUCUCUGGACGCCUCUUGCGAAGUGUCGGGCUCUUCUACCAUCGGGAACUCCCGAAUCCUUGCCGACGGAAAAGUUGCUCUUGCCAUGGAAGGAGGCUUGCUUUUUGUUGUGGACGACUUAAAUCAGCAUGGGACCAGCGACCUGAAGAUUGCCAGAGUGGAGUGGAAACCUCACAUUGAUCUCCUCCCAGCCCGCCAGGAACUACGUGGCUUGCACUAUCCAGAAGGCCCAAAAGUCCCGAGGACAUUGUUGCGACAAACCAUGAAUCUAUUGAUCGAAUCAACUGGUGAACAUCUACAAUCAUUGCGCACCGAGUGUGUCGAGCUACAGAACUACAAAUCUUGGAUUCUCGCUGAAAUCAAAAGACUGAAGCUGGAGCAAACUCAAAACAAAGCCUCCUUGUGCCAAGACAAUUCCCAUUUGAACCCAACAGCUACGCUCUGGGCCAUGGAGGCAGCGAUGAAGCAACUAGAGCAACAGAUACCCGAAAUCAUCCCAGUACUGGCCAUUGCAAAGACAAUUUCAGCCAAUUGUCUUCAAAUGUUGGAAGGGAGAAUGCCUUCUGAAAAGCUGCUUCAUAAGGAGAGUUGCACAGACAAAUUGUACGAGUACGUCUCGGCAACAUCCGGUUUAAGGGACUUUUUGUCCUUACUUGGCCAUUCCAACCCUGCCUUACGCGUGUUAGAGAUUGGAACUGGUAACGGGUUCUUCACCAGUUUGGCUCUACGCAAUCUGACAUCCGAAGAUGGGACACCCAUGUAUUCUCAAUAUACAGGCGCAAACAAGUCGGAGGAUUCUAUUUCUCUGGCAAAGAAAAACGUUAAAGCUGCUCAAGGGCUCGAAUACUCUCAACUGAAUAUCCUCCAGGACCCAACGACGCAAGGGUUCUUGCCGCAAAGCUACGACUUGGUAAUCCUUUCGCCUACAGCUUGUACGCACCAGGACCUCGCCUCUAUUGUGAAGAACGUUUUCUUGCUGGUUGCCCCAGGUGGUCGUCUGCUCUUCCACCGACCGUACCAUUGUGUUCCUUUUGUGACAUAUAUUAUGGGUAUAUAUCCUGGAUGGUGGACUGAACGCCAAAACGAAGUCCAAUCCGAGGUCAGCCAUGCAAGCUGGCAAUCGGAGCUGGAACAGGCAGGCUUCUCCAUCUCUGAUGGCAAAACUGUUAGCUCAGAUCAUGAUUCUUUAGACAUUGUGACAUUCUCACGGCCUGUCGAAACGACUAACCCCAAGAGGGAAGUCACCCUGCUAUACCUUUCGGUAAUCAGCGACUGGGGGCGUGUAUUGGCAGAACACCUCACUGAGAUGGGCCAUGCCGUGAGGUGGUGUCUUUUUGGGCAGCCAAUUCCCCAAGGAGCGGAUGUGAUAUCUUUGAUUGACUUGGAAGGCCCAUUUUUGGAGAACCUAUCAGCGGAGAAUUUCGGUCGUUUCAAGGACCUUUUGGAUCAGAUAACCGGUUUGCGCACUCUUUGGGUUACGCAUAUGUCACAAAUGGCGUGCGAGAGCCCAGGAUAUGGGAUGGUGCUCGGGAUAGCACGCUCAAUCAGACAGGAACUGGGUCGAGAGUUUGCAACCCUCGAAGUUGACCAUUUUAAUAUCGAAGCUGCAAAAGAUGUUCUUCGCAUCUUGAAUAUGUGUCGAGAACAGACCUGUCCAAUUGAGAAGGAUCCAGACUAUGAGUUUGUCUUGAAAGAUGGAAAAAUCCAUGUUGGGAGAUUCCAUUGGACUCCUGCUCAUUGCCACCUACCAGCAAGUGGUUACGAAACGGACACCAACAAGGAGCUCACUAUUGGUUCGUAUGGCUUGCUCAGCUCUCUAUCAUGGACAGAUCAGGUCCCAAAGCAUCUGAACGACAAUGAGGUGGAACUUGAUAUGAGAUACAUUGGUUUGAAUUUCCGCGACAUGAUGGUUGCGAUGGGUUUCUUUGGAGACAAGUCAGAGUUUGGAUUGGAAGGAAGCGCGAUAGUUCGUCGCGUUGGUCCCUUGGUGAAACACGUUCAAGAGGGGGAUAAGGUCAUUGUCAGCACCCAGGGCCUCCUCUGUACCCGGAAGGUGGUCUCUGCAGACAGCUGUUUCCCGCUUUUUGCAGACUUAUCUCUUCAAGAUGGUGCUACUGUGGCCUGCGUCUACGGCACGGCAAUCCAUUCUUUGCUUGAGGUCGGGAAUCUUCGAAAGGGACAAUCCGUGUUGAUACACUCAGCAUGUGGUGGUGUUGGUCUGGCAGCAAUUCAAGUCUGUCAAGCCAUUGGCGCUGAGAUCUAUGCAACUGUCGGCAAUUCCGACAAGGUGCAAUACCUCACCGAUGCAUUUCACAUUCCAAAGGCUCAUAUUUUCGACUCUCGUAGCCCGUCUUUCUUUCAGGGAGUGAUGGAUCAGACCGGUCAAAGAGGGGUUGACAUCGUUCUCAAUUCUCUCUCAGGCGAACUUUUACACCUCUCGUGGAAGUGCGUCGCAAAAUUUGGAAAAAUGAUUGAGUUAGGUAAACGGGACAUCCUUGGCUACGGCAGACUGGACAUGGACAUGUUUUCAGGCAACCGAUCAUUUGUCGGCGUUGAUGUCAAAGGUCUUGUGGAGCAAGAACCCGAAAGGUUCCACGAAACACUACUGCGAUGCCAAACUCUGUUUGAGCAAGGCAAAAUCCAACCAAUACGACCGGUAACAGUGUUUGAUGCAGCCAACAUUGAACAGGCGUUCUGGCAUAUGCAGACCGGCCAACAUAUGGGCAAGGUUGUUGUGAAGAUGCCCGAGAAAGCUCUAGCUCUGCCCAGCUCCUAUGUCUAUAACUCAUUUUCUCUGCCAUCCAAUGCCUCUUUCCUUCUGGUUGGCGGAUUGGGGGGUCUCGGCCGCGCUGUGGCAACGUGGAUGGUAGAGAAGGGAGCUCGCCAUUUUGUGUUCCUAAGCCGGUCUGCAGGGUUAUCAGCUGAAGAUGCCGCAUUCAUCAAAGAACUUGAAUUUCAAAAUUGCACUGCGGUUGCUGUUGCCGGAGAUGUCGCCAAUCUGGCGGAUGUGAUUCGCGCGGUUUCGGCAUGUAAGAAUCGCAUUGAAGGAGUCAUUCAAAUGUCAAUGGUACUCAAGAACCGCCUUUUGAUGUCCAUGUCUCAUGAGGACUGGCUUUCUGUCCUGGCUCCAAAGGUGAGGGGUACGUGGAAUCUCCAUAAAGCUCUCCAGGACACUAAGCUGGGCUUCUUCGUCGCCUUCAGCUCGAUCUCUGGUGUUUGUGGAAACACAGGCCAGGCAAACUAUGCCUCGGCAAACUCCUUUUUGGAUGCAUUUGUAACUUAUCGUCGAGGAUUGGGUUUGGCUGCAACUGUCGUCGACCUUGGACUGAUGGAAGAUAUUGGCUGGGCCUCAGAAUCUCAGCCAAAAAUUCUUCAGCAAGCCAAAGCUGCAUCCAUGAAGACUCUGGAUGAGAGCGAGCUCCUCCAGGCACUGGAACUGGCAAUUCGGGCGGACCAGCAAAAGAUGGAGGUUUGUCAGAUUGCAGUUGGGCUGGGAACUACAAAGGCACUUUCAAGCCCUGGCGUGGUGCCAUUCUGGACUCGCGAUGCUCGUUUUGCUUUGUGGGCUAAUGUUCUGUCGCCGAGCGAGAGCUCUCCAACUAUGCCGGGACAGGACGGGCUCCGAGAUUUGAUGGAUAUGAUUCAAAAGAACCCGCAGGUGUUGGAUGAUCCGGCAAUUAGCCAUCAAAUCACCACAAUGCUCAGUCGAGAGAUUGGCUCUCAUCUCACAAACACAGAUGACAUGGACGAAAUGGAGAUUUCAAAUAUUGUAAUUGAAUCUCUGGUCAUGAUCGAGGUUCGGGUCUGGGCUCGACGCCAUCUUGGGUUGGAGCUUUCGAUGGCCGAGAUUUCUGCGGUACGCACAAUCGGGAGCCUUGUCGAUGGAAUAUUGAAGGCUCUUAGGUCGAAGUACCAAGCUCAGGAAACCUCUCAAGAUAUGAUCACCGGUGUCUAA